AAUUCCCCGGGAGCCCUUCCAGCCGUGUGGCGGGCCACGCAAUUCCCCGGGAGCCCUUCCAGCCGUGUGACGGUGGCCCGAAAAGGAGCAGGUGACAGGAAUGAAAUAUUCAACAAAUCUGUUCCGCAGAAUGAAAAUGAGUUGUCGUUUAGCAUUUUAUCAUCUGGUGACACACUCUUCCCGCUUAAGGAAUCCAGCGUUGUGUGGACUUACCAGCUUAAACCAUGUGGAUUUAGACCUCCGGCUGCUAAGGCGCACUCACGGCCGCGGGAGAGGAGAAGAGGAAAGGCAAGCUGAUCUGUCCACCACACUUCCCACCAUCAACACUGCCUGACCCCUGAACCCAUUCACGCAUUUGUAUUACCCGCCUGGCACCUCAAGGCAUUUCGAUCUGUGACCCAGUUUUCACAGUAAGGAAAUGAGAAAACUGUGGAGGCAUUCUUCUAGGUGAUUGGGAAGCAGUCCUGAACAGAAGAGACAAAUUUUCUACCACGUGGCGCUUACAUUCUAUUGGAGAGAGAGAGAAUAUACAGAUAAGUAAAUAAACACAUAAUGCUAUGUCAGCGUUGGAAGAAUUCUGACAAUUUUAAAGGCUCUGUGAAACAUAUGAUAAAAAGACUGCAUUAAAAUAUUUAAUGUUUCUUUUUUUAUUAGUAAAUAUGAAAACUUUAUAAUGGGGGGUACUGUAUCUGCUAUCUUGCUUUUUCUUCACUUACCAUUUUGUGAGCAUGUUUCUUUGUCUAUAGUAGUCUUCAAAAAUAUGUUUUUAAUAGCUGUAAAUAUUAUAGGCUAUAUACAAAAAUGUGAUUCUUUCAUUAUUUUUGACAGUUUCUAUGGCCCUAUAAAUUAAAUUUAUGUACAUAAAUCCUUAUCUGCAUAUCUGAUUAUAUCCCCAGGAUAAGGUGCAUAAAGUGGAAUUAUUGGGUCUAAAUGUAUGUAUAUUAUGACUCAAUGUAUGUUGCAAAAUAGAUCUAUAUAAAGGUUACACUUCCUCACCGUUAUCUCAACAACGUGAGAUAUUAAGUAGAUUUAAACCCUCAGCCAAAAUCCACUAUUUUAAAUUACAUAUCUCUUUACAGGAGAGGUUGAUUUAAAAAAAAUAGGUUUAUAACGCAUUCACCUUUCUUUAGUGAAUUCUUUGUCAUGUGCUUGUCUUUUUUUUUCCCUUGGGCUGAUAGUGUAUUUCUUUUGAUAUAUGAGAUAUUGUAUGUAUGAAUCAUAUAUUUGUUGCAAUUUUUUCCAAGUGGUCAUUUAUAUUUACAUUGUUAACGACAUUUUUACAUUCAGAAGUAUUCUUAUGCACUCAAACUUCUUAUUGCCCUUUUUUCUUGAUGAUUGCUUCUAUUCCUCUGGUGCUUAGAAAGCCUUCCCUAUGCUGAAAUCAGUAACCAUAUUUCUUAUGUUCUUCUAGUUGUUUUUCUAAAUUUUAUUUUACUUUCUUAUUUAGCUCUUUAAUCUAGGUGGAAUUAAUUUGGUACGAUGGGGCUUUAAUUUGAGCCUUUUCCAAAUCGUUCAUUUUCUUACCACCAUUUGUUAAUGAAAUAAUCCAUCCUUUCCCCUAUAGGUUUGUGAUACUUUCUCAUCUGUUAAAUUUACACACACACACACACACACACACACACACGAGUCUUGUUUCAGCGCUUGCAUUAAUCUGUUUAAAAGGUUUUCUUUUUAAAAUGUGUCUGUCGGGGGGUAAUGGUAAGUAAAUACUUUUUGUCCCAGAUGUUACAAAAUUACAAUAAUUCUUAGUAUUGUCUUGACGGAACCGAGGAAAACCAACGUUGCGGAGGCAUUUAGGACCCAGGGGAAAGCCAGGCUCCAUAUAGAAGGACAGAGUCUCGGGCGCACACGCCUCCUACCAAAAUCACAGCCCCUAAGAGCCAGGGCUCUCAUUCACAGCUUUCUAGAGAAAUCUGAGCCCGAACCUGCCAGAAUAGGGGAUCUCACCCACUCAGCUCAGCAACGAGGACACCUGCAGAAACACAUUCCCAAAGCAAGGCUGGGCGGCCGUGUGAAGGACAACUGGAAGCUAUUGAUCACUGUCAAUCAAGCAGUGACGUGAGCAGAUUUCAAUUGCAGUACAGAGAAUGGACAAGAAAAGGGCAAGUAAGCAAUGGCCUCGCUUUUGCUUCUCUUUGGGAUGGCCGCCACCACAUAGGACCUGAAUGUCCUACUGCUUCCCAGGAACAGAAAGAAGACCCUCUAUUUGUCUGUUUCAGUGGCAGCUUGGUAGUAAAAAAAACUGUUGAAUGGGCCACAAUUUCAGCAGACCAUCACGUGAAUGGGACCAGUCUCUCUUCUUCCCAAAUAUCAGAAAUUAAGCACUUGGAAAGGAGAUUUGGCCAAGAUGACCCAUUUACAGGCUGGACUCAGCCCAGAGACUAUAGAGAAAGCUCGCCUAGAACUGAAUGAAAACCCAGACGUUUUACACCAGGAUAUUCAGCAAGUCAGGGACAUGAUCAUCACCAGGCCUGACAUUGGAUUUUUACGCACAGAUGAUGCCUUCAUCCUGAGAUUCCUCCGAGCCAGGAAGUUUCACCAAGCAGAUGCCUUUAGGCUCCUGGCCCAGUACUUCCAGUACCGCCAGCUAAACCUGGACAUGUUCAAAAACUUCAAGGCUGAUGAUCCUGGCAUUAAGAGGGCCCUCAUCGAUGGGUUCCCUGGAGUGCUGGAAAACCGCGAUCACUAUGGCAGGAAGAUUCUUCUGCUGUUUGCAGCCAAUUGGGAUCAGAGUAGGAACUCCUUCACAGACAUCCUCCGGGCCAUCCUGCUGUCAUUGGAAGUCCUUAUUGAAGAUCCGGAGCUCCAGAUAAAUGGUUUCAUUUUAAUUAUAGACUGGAGUAAUUUUUCCUUCAAACAAGCCUCCAAACUGACACCAUCAAUCCUCAAACUGGCCAUUGAAGGGUUGCAGGACAGCUUUCCUGCCCGCUUCGGAGGAGUCCAUUUUGUCAACCAGCCCUGGUACAUUCAUGCCCUGUAUACGCUCAUCAAGCCAUUCCUUAAAGACAAGACCAGGAAACGGAUUUUCCUGCACGGAAACAACUUAAACAGCCUCCACCAGCUAAUACACCCUGAAUUUUUGCCGUCUGAAUUUGGAGGAACCCUUCCUCCUUAUGACAUGGGAACCUGGGCCCGGACGUUACUGGGUCCUGACUACAGCGAUGAAAAUGACUACACUCACACCUCCUAUAAUGCAAUGCACGUGAAACACACAUCCUCCAAUCUGGAGAGAGAGUGCUCACCCAAGCCGAUGAAGAGAUCUCAGUCUGUGGUGGAAGCUGGGACCCUGAAACAUGAGGACAAGGGAGAGAAUGAGAACGCUCGGCCACUCCUGGCUCUGGACUGAACCCUGAGCCACCCUGUGCUCCGAACAUCGCCAGCCCUCAGUGCUAGCAGCCACCAGGAAGCACAUGUGCAACUGACCCCACAAUGCGUGCGUUCGGCUCGACACGAGGGCCUCCUCUCCUGCCACCCAGUAAUGACUGUCACCAGCCAUUGGUGUAAGCAGCCAAAGUUGAACAAAGACUUGAGAGAUGCUUGUUUUUUCCAAUGAGGGAAUUGGAGGACGAAGCAAGGCAGUUACGGCAACAAGAUUCCCCCCAUCCCACAUUUAUGGUAUUAAGUGAAUUGAAAAGAGAAAAACUAAAUCUGAUGCACACACUUCAUUAGGAUAAGGAUCUUUCUGAGGCUUUGCAGAGACUCUGUCCAGUUUUUGCAAUUUAAGGUUAAGUGCAUUUCCAAGUAGAUACAUAAGAAUUAAACUGUGCAGGCACAAUUGUCAAGUUUAAUGUAGUGCAAAGCCCCAAGACAAUAGUAUCUCCAGUGAUUUCCAUUCCUAUAUUGAAAUACUUUCUUUGACCUCAUCACCAGCAUCAAAUUUCAAAUUGUUCAGCCUAAGAGCACGUUCUCCUAGGUCUGGCUAUUUGCAGAGCUUGUUGUUGUUUUUUUUUUU